CUGAACUCAUGUUUAUUACUUCAUUUCAAGAUGGCUGCGCCCAUCCGAGCCAUCAAGUCUGGUAACCGACUUCUGCAGCUGUAUGGAGUCCAGUGUUCUACUGUAAUCUCACGUUGCAAGUCCAACAAAAGAGACGAUGGACCACCACCCUGGGCUGCCGUGCAAACACCCACUGGACACUCUCAUACCUGCAUGUUCUACGCCAAGCUGUCUGACAGAGAUAGAUGGCAAAGGCGACGAGAGUUUGUGAACAAGCCAUGGAUGGACAUCAUGGAGAACUACGGCAAGAGAAAAAAACAAGAGGAAGCUUCUGGGAAACCACAACAAGAGCCACCAAAACUGCUUAUGGUGACACAAGUGCGGAGUGUCAAGGGGCGGCCUUUCUGGGAGAGGGACUGGCUUACACAACUUGGAAUUAAAGAGAAAGGAAAGCCUUACAUACUCAAGAACAAGGAAGGCAGUAACAAUUUAUUAAAGAAGGUGAGCCAUCUUGUUGAAAUAUUCCCAGUUACCUUUCCCUAUGGACCUCCUACAUCGGAAGACGAUCUGGAUCACUGUGUGUUAUGUGACAAUGGAGAAUUUAUCAUCAAAAAGAGACUUAGCUCACAGGAACAAAUAGAAACCAGCAUGCCAACAACGGAACAGUUACCAGACGGUAAAUUUGAGAUAUCGCAAGAAUUGUUGGAUAAAACUUUGGAGUAUAAGAAACAGAACUAUCAGAUUCACCAGGAGUACUACCAGACAAAGUAUAUAUACACCAAGAAUCAGGAUAAAAAGGAGUAUCGUUACAAUGGUGACCAAAGUAUUGGAUUUGAUAAAAUAUGGCAUUAGGUCUAGUACCAGCUUAACAGAUGUUCAAAGGUCACAUGUGUGGCAGUAUUUCUGGAUCAGAUACAUAUAUGACAACAAUAUUACAAUUUUAAUUGAAAAUUUUGCCUAAUAUAAAUUCAAAGACAUUUGUAUUUUUGUUUGCUUCUGUGAAAACAAAUAUCAAUUGUACUCUUAUAAUAUUAAUUUAAAAAAAGUGUGUAUUGUUUAGCUAAUUGUAAUAUGUUAAUAUCACCGUUAGUCAGAACGGCAUUAAAAGGCUUAUUUUGUUUGUUUUUCUGCUAUUUUGCAUGAAAUAAGAUAUUAAAAGGAGUCAUUUUGUAAUGAAUACCCUACUUAUAUCACAAACAUAGUUUUGGUAAUUGUGUUGGAUCCUUAUAUGUGUAUUGUAUACCUUUUGUAGUACCUUUUGCCAUAUUCUACCUUAGGAAAACAUUUUGGUAAUUCUGCUCUUUAUACUUAUUGUACACCUUGUGUCAACAAAUUUACACAACUGUCUUCUACUUUUUAUGCCUGGUAUGUCUGCCAUAAAAAACGAAGUUUUGAAUACUUAA